GUACGAUAAAAUUGAGGACAUGGCCAUGAUGACCCACCUCCAUGAACCCGCUGUGCUGUACAACCUCAAAGAGCGUUACGCAGCCUGGAUGAUCUACACCUACUCGGGCCUCUUCUGUGUCACUGUCAACCCCUACAAGUGGCUGCCGGUGUACAACCCGGAGGUGGUGUUGGCCUACCGAGGCAAAAAGCGCCAGGAGGCCCCUCCACACAUCUUCUCCAUCUCUGACAACGCCUAUCAGUUCAUGCUGACUGGUGAGUGCCUGAUCUCCUUCAAAGCAAUCUGA